AUGGCAGCUCUGGCUGACAAGCAGAUCUUGGACGAGCUGCUAGCAGAGGAGGAAAUGCUGGUACAGUUGCAGAUCAUGCAAGAGCUGGAGCUAGAGGAGGCUAAGUUGGCUGAACUUGUUUCUGCCCUCAAGCUAGACACGAAAACGACCCAGCUUUCCUCCCCAACCUAUGCCACCUCCUGUGUCCUGGUUGCAUGUCCUGAUGUUUUCGACACGGUGCCCUUUGAGUUUCCGGAGGUUGUCCCCGAAACGGCUCUGACAGCGAAGCUGCUCGGAAGAAAGGACUCAAGCUGGCUGCAGUCUGAAGCUUCUGAGAUCGAGAGCCCCAUCACUGGGCCGAGUCAGGGGCCAGUCCUUGAGAAUAUCCCAGCUGCAGCCCACGCAACCGAGCAGCCUAAGAGGCCUGCACUUUGGGUGUUUCCGGUGCAUGACGAUGAGGCUGGGAAGGUUGGCUACAAUGGAUUGUCAAGGGAGGAUCCAGAAACGGGUCUGUUGGAGCCGGUACGGGGAGCAAUGCCUGCACGGGCACCGGAGUUGCCAGAGGCCUUGAACACGGGGGCUGAUAGCGCAGAGGAUUGCCAGACAGAGCAGGCAGAGCUGGGGGUUCACAACCCAGAGGAUUCCGAGACAAAGCACGCAGAGCUGGCGGUUGACGACCCAAAGGAUUCCGACACAACGCAGGCAGAGCUGGCGGUUCACGACCCAGAGGAUUCCGAGACAAAGCAGGCAGAGCUGGGGGUUCACGACCCAGAGGAUUCCGUUCACGACCCAGAGGAUUCCGAGACAAAGCAGGCACAGAUGGAGGUUGACAAGGAGCACGAGCAGAGCCACGCUUCGGGUGACGCCGCACCCAUCCCUGCUCCAGCCAUCCUGAGGAGAUUGCCGCCCAUCUCGCCAGCAGAGCAGAGCGCCCUGGCUGCUGCUGGCAAGGGUGCAGCGGAUGAUGAAGCCGAUGACGAUGAAAAGCCCAAGCGGUCCAACCGGGGACGCGGUGGGCGCGGCCGUGGACGCGGCCGAAGUGCUACAGGACGUGGGCGCGGCCGUGCAUGCGGCCGUGGCCGCGGUCGCAGGGUGGAUGAGGAGGAGGAUGAGCAGUCUGAGGAUGUCUCAAUGGAGGAUGAGAUGGCGGCAGAGCCGCCAGCAAAGCGCCGCCGGGCUGUGGCAAAGUGCAGCCCAAAGACAAAGGCCAAGGCCAAGGGGAAGAGCAAGCCGGUGCCCAAGGCAACGUCCCGGCGAAAGGCAGCAGUGGAGGAGGAAAGUGAAGAUGCUGAGGAUGCCACGUGCUAUCACGGCUCCCCCUUGGCAGCGGCUCCCGGCACCCCAGAGUCCGUGCAGGAAGCCAAGUUGGCAACGGCCAAGGGUAAGGCAAAGGCCAAGGGUAAGGCAAAGGCAAAGGCGAAAGCAGCAGGGCUGCCAAAGGGAUCCAAGCCGUCUGCUGGUUGCAAGCGCAAGGCUGAGACCAUUGAUGGAUCGGCUACCAAGCGAGCGAAGGUUGGAACCGCAAAGGAUGCUGAGCCCGAUGAUGCUCUGGCUGCCGCCAAGCAAGCCAAGAGCCGCAAGAGUGUGGCCUAUCACGCAGCUCGGAAGGCUGCCAAGGAGCGCGGGCUUUCGGAUGAGGCCGCAAAGGAAGAGGCAAAGCUAAUCUUCAUUGGGAUCAUCCUGCUGGUGCUUUGGAGCACCAACCUACCGGAGGUCGAACCAAAGUACGAACUCUUUGACCUUUUUGCUGGUCGUGGGCAAGCAUCGAAGAUCUGGCGAAGUCGGGGCUACUCCGUGGCCAGCUUUGACAAAGACUUUGCUCCGAAGGCGCGCGCAAUGGACUUUUUGACUGUGCUGCACACAGUGCUGUGCAUGUGCCCAGAGGGCGUGGUCCUCAUGGGGCCAUGUCUGGGCUAUCCGCUUCUGGAUGAUGCACCAUGGUGCAGCCACCCCGAAGAGAACAAUCUGUGGACUGACCCUGAUGGUACCAAGAAGUUCUCUGGUAACAAGCGAAUGAAGGUGAACGUAGAGGCUGGACAUCGGGACCUGUACAACCAGCUCGUCCAUGAAGACGCCAGCCUGAGUGAGCGCCGGCCAUCGCCAGCCAAGGUGGUGCCUUUGCUGCUGGAAACAAUGUUGUUGCCCAUCAUGCCCAACCGGUUCGCACGGACUCCUUCCAUGUGCCUGCUCGCGGUGCUUCCUUCGACAGUGCCUGGAGGAACCUCCUCAAAAGGUUUCGUUAGCCUGAAGCCGCAGCCGAGUCCGAAGUUUGACAAGGUGUACCACCAGCUGCACCGAUACUUUCGGCCUAACAGCAAGGGGGUCAUGAAGUGCUCCGACCUUUCCAUGAAGAUGUACAAAACAAAAGAAGGUCAGCAACUGCGAGAGAUGCUGAUCAAGCACGGAGGCUUCAAGCAGUUGGAACUUCAGCUGUCUAAGUGGCACAAAAAUACCGAGAAGGAUGCCCGCCUUGGUAUGUGGGUCACAAGGCACUAUCUGAUCGAGGAGAGGAAGUACACCAAGCAAAUGGCGGACAACUCCUUCGCUUGGGCACGCCGGCAGGGCUUGCUCCGGACAAACGAGGUUCAUGGAGUGGAGGAGGCGCGGCUGGUUUUGGAAGAGCGGUUCGCCACCGAGAACGAAAGUGGUUCAAGGACCGACUUGACUGGUUCUGCCACGGUCGAGGAUGAGAAGAACACCUUCUUGGAUGAAGAGCCGGCCUCCGAUGCCCCGGCUCCCGCUGGGGAGUCAGCUCGCCUUGCUGAUGCUUUGGGUGGCAAGGGCAAGCAGACUGUCUUCCCGACGCUCCAGAAGAACGAGAGCCCAAUCAGCAUCCUGCCACAGUUCUUGCAGGUUCUCGGCAGGAUUGGGAAACAGAUCAACGAAUGCUUGAACCGGCUCAACGACAGCUUCACUCAGCUGACCGACAAGGAGGCCGAGGUGUUGGUGGAUACCGAAGGCAAGAACCUGGAAGCGCACAAAUCCGGCAUCAUGAACCUCUUUGUCAAGUGCACCAAGGAUGAUGUGACUCUGAACAACUACAUUACUCGCAGCAAGACCCUGAAGCUCGAUGAUGCCAAGAGCUCGCCCGGAUCGACCAAGCCCAAAUCUCACAAACCCAAGGCUGCAAAGAAGGAAAAGAAAUCCAAGAAGAGAGACAGCCCACCCAAAGGGAAGCCUGCCUCGCCAUCCAAGCCGAAGUCCGUGAUGGGCAAGAAGAAGCAGUCUCAGUUAAUUGGACGGGGAUCACUGCUGCAGAGCGCAAAUCGAAUCGGUAGCUCCGUUCGCGACGACCCACAACCAGAUCCCUUCGAUGUCUCAGGUGUGAUGGAUCCCGAGCUGGAUGAGAUAGCACGCCUGGGCACAGGAAAAGGCUACAGCAAUGCAGCCCGAAACCUGCAUAACUUCCUGCAUCGCAAAGGAAAAACACUUCCUGUGGAGAUAUCCUCUGUGAACCUGAAGAUCCGCCGCCCCAAGAAAGGGGGUGGUGAAUUUGUCACCGACUAUCCCUUGAUGUACCUCUCGAGUUGGAUGGAAUAUAUCUUGCAGAGUGGUGGUGAGUUCUUGCUGGGUGGCUGGACUACCGGCCAGCCAGAGUAUUACAAGCAGAUGUUUUCCAGAUUCUGGGACAGGUAUCAGGCUGUGAAUGCAGACCAUGCAGUAUAUUCCGAGAAGUCCUCCGGGCAGAGGGCAUUUACCAUACCAGUUGCAGUGCAUGGUGACGAAGGAAUGGUGGAAUGUCGGGUCAACCAGCCAGUUGCGAACAUGGAACAAUCCAAGCAGAAACGGUUCCCGACUGGUUGUGGCAAGGCCUAUGAUGUUGCCUUGGUGAGCAAAUGGAUUCAGGCGGAGUUGGAUGCGAUGAGAUCAGUCCCUCGCAACAUAUCUAUGUGUUGA